CCCAGCUUUAUAACCAGAACCGAGUGUGCAUAUCAAGGGAAAUCCUGGAAAAAUUGAAGUUAGAGUAAGUUUACAGAUGGCUCUGCAAGGAGGGCCUUAGGUACUGUACCAAAUUCGGCCAGCUUCAUGAACCAACAACAAUGCAAUGGAGAAGCAGGCUCAGCUAGUCUCAAGUAGCCACAGUAGUAUCAGCACUACUUGGGCGGGUCAAAGGUUUUUAGUCCAGACUAGAACAAUACGAGCAGGGGUAAUUGGGGGAGAGUCAGUGGCUUAGUGAAGGAAAGGGAAGAAAAUUUGAUGGCUGAGGAUAAGCAUAGGUAGGUGCCGCUCCGACCACCCCUCACCUUUUCAGCUCAAACAACUGACGGUACCAUACAACAAGAACGGUGACAGCAACGAGCUGAUUUUAUUUCUCGACCUCAAAAUCCAUGGGUUAAUUUCGUUACAAUGCCACCCCUUGAUUGUAAAGGAAACCUUGAACCACAUUACUCGGAGUCUCCCGAUCGCAUCCACACUCAUAAACUCAUCCCGAAUUCUGCUGGCAAUUAACUCUAGCUGAGAAGAAUGGAUAUGGGAACAUAUAAAGAGAAGCUUCUCAUGGAAGUCUGGGGAAUCGAUGACGCACGAGACUAUUGGCAAGAAUGCCAUCCAAACCCAACCGACAAACGAACCUUUGAAAUCCUCCAAAUAUCUCCACUUGUGAAGGCAACGUACCUACCAGCGGCCUUCUCGUUUCCAAAAUUCGAACGAUAUAACCGCGGUGAAUAUACCAAGGUCACUACUUGGGAAUUAUGGUGGGAAUGCCGUGAGAGUCCGAGGCCUGGAACGACCUGGCAUAAACCAGUCACUGAAGACAAGCGCAUACAACCUCUGGGCCCUCCAUUUGUCAGUCUGAGUGGACUGAAUAUUUGUGCCAACGGUGAAAUCAUCAUUGGCCGAUUGAAUCCCGACUGAAUGAGUAAUGGUCUCAACGAGUCUGGGGUCUGGGCCCGUUAUAGUACUAAGUACUCAUUUCAGCCUCAGGAAACGCUAAGAUUAUCCGGUGGAAAGCGUAGAAGCAGACUCUUCUAUGAAACUUGUGAGUUUUACUUUGCAGAAACUUGCGAAAACCCAGAACUACUCACAAGGUGAUGUUUUGUCUGUGUUUUUCGUCUGUAUGUGAACUAUCCUGUACUAACAUUAGCAGAGCGGUAAUGAAAGCCAUUCUAUCCGUGUAUUGUGUUAACACUGGACGAAUAAUGAUGGCCAUGGUUUUCGAAAUUCUUUCUAUUCUUUUCUUCCCAAUCCAAAAAUUUCCAAACAGAUCUUAUCGUCGUUAUUUCGUUCCUGUUUUUAUAUCUUCAUUGGGCGACUAGUGAAGAUAGUUAACUAUCGUGACCUACUUGGUACGAUUCUGUCUGGAGACCAAGACUUAGUGCCAGUAACCGGUUCAGUCGAGCUCAAGUCUUCGCAGUCAUCAAUGAUGCAUAUAAUCAUAUCGUCAUUUUCAAUUACGCUUCAUUAGAACCAGCCCCUCUCCAGCUAGCUGUUCUCUUCUGUCUUCUUAUCCCAAACCCUACAUAAUUUCCCAACCCUCUUUCAUUUUAGUUUUUCUCACCCUUCUUUACCAAACUUUCAUUUUGAAAAGUCCUACGGGAAAAAAAAGGCACCAUGAAGCCGUCAAUCGUUAUCGGAUCUCUCUUGAUCGCUGCACCAAGCAUUAAUGCGGCAUCUUACUUCCCCCGCAUAAUAACAAAUAUAGUAUGUCUUCUCGUUCGUAAUCAUACUUGACCAUCAGAUAAAUCAGGAAGGCGAGUGGGAGGAAUAGAAAUACUAACCAUGAAAACAGGGAAAGAGUGAUAUUGACAUAGAGGAAGCCGACAUCGCUGUCAACAAACGUCUCUGCUCAGAUUCGAUUCCCCUAUCACUUAACCAAGCAUUGAGCACCUCCAACGUGGAGAUCCCAGCUGCCUCUGAAGGGACUUUGCAAGUUCUGAAGGACAAAAUUGUUGCUUCAUUGGGUCCUUUCCAGGAAAGUUUGACGGUUGAAAGCCAUGCCGACAUCAAGGCACGUCGCGACGCAGAGCCCGAUGUUUCCAUGGACGAAGCAAAUUCCCUGCAGAAAUGGCUCCAUGGUAUGAGCAGCUCCAACCAACAUGCCGAGAUCUCGAGGGCGUUCAUGGGAAGCAAUUCUCGAAUCAUGGGCCGCAAUUACGAUGGCGCUGAUGAACACCGCGUCGUUCUGUCAAAGUACAUCGAUAUCAUCCGCAACUGCCCCAUGUUUCCAUCGCCUUCUACGGAGGAAAUAACUAUCCCGCAGGGAGAACUUGACGACAACAACUGGUGUCGCGUCGCCUUCGGUGAUGUCGUCUUGAGAAACAAAGAUACCCCUUCCACAAUCGUUUCUAAGUUCAAGGAGUGGAAGGAGAAACUCAUGCAUCUCUCGCUCAAGGCUAAGAGAGAUCGGGGGUUCACAAUUUGGGACUUUGGCGAGCCCAUUGAAAAGCGAGAGGACUUCUGGACGCAAAUUGUUGAAACCCCUGAGCGGUUCAACGUCGAUGAAAAUUUAGACGUCGAGACCAAAGAGAAUGGCGGCACAUUCGAAAAGCGGGAUGGCCCUCCUUUGCUGCCGUUUCCAGAAGAAGUCGAGAGGUUGAUGAAAUCCCUAUUCGAAGGCGUUGAAAAGAAUAUUUUGUACAAGCACCCUUACGAGAGUGAUUACAAGCGCAAGGAAGCUUGGGAAAAGUUUCAAGUAGCCAAGGGGAACUUCAAGGACGAGUAUUACAAAAAGGCGUCCCCCUCUAUUCAUGGAAAAAGAGCUUGGUUUGACGAUCUCCAAGACAUGGCUUCAGACUUCACGGACAGGUGGGAUUUCCUCGACGGUGAUGGAAACGAGGAGGAGAAGGUUCAGAAUGAGGCCCAGAACCAGGGUAUUGACUGGGAGAAGAUAAAGAUCGACUUUUUAGAUGAGUGGUCUGGAGACCAUGAGAAGAGGGAUAAAUCAAGCUUCCAGAAGAGAGGUCGUUUCUGGUCCGAUCGCGGAGAUCCUUGGAAUCGGAAGGAGGAAGAUACUCCUGAAGGGUUUCAUGCACCACCUGUCGAGACCAACAAAAUGUUGGAACCUUGGUAA